GAACUGAAGUACCUGAUUUACUAUUCGCGGUGAAAACCGGGUGUAAUAUUCCUGUUGAUCAAAAAUUGAGACAAAUCAUCGAAGACGUACAGGCCAAAAGACCAACUCCUGAUGAGGAGGGGAUGUGGUUUAGACUAAAAGAUUUCGAAGGAAAGCUUGAUU